AUGAUCAAGUAUCUGGAACCAGUCGGAGUCGGUCUCUGAGACAGAGUUUCGAGUCCAAUUAAGACGGUUCCCCCAAAUGAACCGAACCGAACCGGUUCGGACUCGAAGCUAGACUUAGCCCAGCUAGUUGGCAUUGUAUAUUUCAUGCAGCUCGUUAACUUUCACUUCGGUUACAAGAGGCGGAGACAAAGGCAAAUCGCAAUAGGAUCUAUUAAAGAUCGAAAUCGUGAUCAGGAUCAUCAUUGGGAUUCAAAACCAGAAUCGUUAACGAAAUCGGGAGUGAUGUGAAGGAUAUAUACGCCAAGAUAAUGGCAUCCAAAUACGAGCGCAUAUUAAGUGAUUGCAGGGCGAAGAACGUGCUGUGGGAAGACCCCGAUUUCCCCGCAGUUCAAUCGUCCGUCUUCUAUUACCAAACGCCUCCGUUUACCUUUCAAUGGAAACGUAUUAUGGAUCUGGCGGAUAAUGGAUCUGGUUCGGGAUCGGGUUCGGGAACAGUAUCUUUAUCGCCACCAGUAUUCCUUAACGAGACGGCAGAGUUUGAUGUGGUACCUGGUAAAAUGGGCGAUCGCUGGCUUGUUUCCUGCCUUGGGCUACUAAGUUCUUUAAGGAACCUCUUUUAUAGAGUAGUGCCCGCCGAUCAGACUCUAACCAAUGCCCACGGUGUGUUCCGUUUUCGAUUGUGGUGGUGCGGUGAAUGGGUAGAGGUCCUGGUCGAUGAUCGACUGCCCACCAUUAAUGGACGCCUUGCCUUUAUGCAGCCACAGGCAUCUAAUUGUUUUUGGGCUGCCCUCUUGGAGAAGGCAAUUGCUAAGUUACAUGGCUCCUAUGAGGCCCUCAAGUAUGGAACUAGAUCGGAUGGACUUACAGAUCUGCUGGGCGGCGUUGUCCGACAAAUGCCUAUCCUGGCGGACACUAUAAGACCACAGACGCUCAAAGAACUAUUGACUACCACCUGCAUCGUCACCUGUCUGGCAGACAAAAGCGCCUCUGUGGCGAAGAAGAACCUCGCCGAGCGAAUGCCCAAUGGAAUUCUGGUGAACGUUAACUAUAGACUUUCCAGCCUGGACAAGGUGAAGACUCUGAUGGGAGAUUCGGUGCAGCUAAUUUGCCUGAAGGACACAUUCUCAAGCAAGCCUUUCGGAGACAAGACACACUUCCUCGGCGACUGGUCGCCGUCGUCCAAGACAUGGGAACGAGUUUCGCAGGUGGAGCGAGCGCGACUUAUACGCCAAUUGGGUCCCGGCGAAUUCUGGCUAUCGUUCUGUGACUUUGUGGAGAUCUUUACUACUAUGGAGGUGGUAUACCUGGACACGGAGACAUCAAACGACGAGGAAAUGCUCAAAAGUCGACCGCUACAUUGGAAAAUGAAGAUGCAUCAGGGUCAAUGGAAGCGCGGUGUCACUGCUGGUGGUUGUCGCAACCACGAAUCCUUUCACAUAAAUCCCCAGCUACUGAUAUCUAUACAGGAUCAACAGGAUCUGGUGGUGGCCCUAAAUCAACACACUGCCGUGGAACCAAAAGUCAUUGGCUUUACGAUGUACACAUGGGAUGGUGACUACAUGCUUAGCGAAUGCCUGCAGAAGGACUUCUUCAAGAAUCAUGUUAGCUUCCUGAACUCGGAUUAUGGCAAUACGCGGCACGUAAGCUAUCAUACACACUUGGAGGCGGGCCACUAUGUUCUCAUACCCACAACCUAUGAGCCGGCAGAGGAGGCUCACUUCACGGUCCGCAUCCUGGGCACUGGAUCAUUUCGACUGUCAUGUCUAGAGACGCAAACAAUGAUUCUACUGGAUCCCUUUCCUGCGCUUAAGAGCUCGGAAAGUGGUGGUGCUGAGCGAUGUGGUGGUCAGAAGGUGAAGAGUGUGUGCCAGUAUGAACCCGUUUAUAUGCAACUGGCCGAUGAGAACAAAACCAUCAACUGUUUCGAGCUGCACGAACUCUUGGAGGCCUGCCUGCCUAAUGAUUACAUCAAAGGAUGUGCCAACAUCGACAUUUGCCGACAGGUUAUCGCCCUGCAGGAUAGGAGCGGCAGUGGUAGGAUCACCUUUCAGCAGUUCAAAACGUUCAUGGUCAACCUGAAGUCGUGGCAAGGCGUCUUCAAAAUGUACACCAAGGAGAAGGCCGGAAUACUGCGUGCGGAACGAUUGCGCGAUGCACUCUCCGAUAUAGGAUUCCAGUUAAGCACCGACAUUAUGAACUGCCUGAUUCAGAGAUAUAUCCGUAAGGAUGGUACGCUGAGGCUCAGUGACUUUGUAUCUGCCGUCAUCCAUCUGACCACCGCCUUCAACCAAUUCCAUUUGAAGAACUAUAGCCAGGUGAAUGUCAUCGAAGUGCAUCUGCACGACUGGAUUAAGAGCAUACUGAGCUGUUAAUUUAUUGGGUUCAAAACCCAAAACACUUCCACUGAAUUUCUUUGAUCACUUUUUUUAUAAACCUUAAGAUUUCUUUUGUUUUAAAUAGAGGUGCAACUGCAUUGACUGGAUAAGGAUGAUACACUGACCUGCAAAUCGAUCGCCAGUUUCGCUGAUUUAUAUAGUUUUAAAUUUCUUGGGAUUGGUGUUUAAAAAUGUUUCAAAUCUUAAGAUUUUUGUUAAUAAGUUUCUAAAUGAUUUGCUUGAUUUAAAUGGUUUCUUAUCUGGUUUUCUAAAUAUCAUUUUUGGUCCCACUUAAAUUAAACAAACUCCUUGAUCAUCUAUUUUUAUUAUCUAUUUCAAAAUUGAGCGAAAUCGGUAAUGCGAUUAUGCAGGAUUAUGUACUACUGAGAAUUUUAUUUAUUGUUCUUAUGUCUACAAUUAAACGAGCGCUGAAGGCGAGACGUGUUCAGAGUA